AUGGGUCAUCAUGGAGGUAGAGCCAGAGCAUUGUUAAGGGAACUACAGGCGAAAGACCAGAACAACAAUGCUGGAAGAGGCAGAUAUGCUGCACCCCGGGAUGCCGAGAGGGAACAUGCCCCACCACCCACCAUCCAGGCUGCCGGGCAUCUGUUACGCGCGCACUAUAAAGGUGUGAUUGUUGCUCGGCAGGCAGAACCUUCCUCAUCAACAGCUGUUGUUGUGAAGACCAUUGUGCAUGUUGUGCUCACCAAUGGUUCCAUUGUUGGGAGGUUUACUGUUGCAACUCUUCCGGCAGUAGUUUCAAACUCUCUGCUAGGUGUUAUCACCAUACCAGCAGAUGCAAAGUCACCAAUCAUUGUCCCCUCUCUCCCAAAAUCAAGUGGCGCGUCUCCUACCCAUCCAGCUAGCGUUUCACAAACCCAGCAAGCUCCGUCUCAAUCCCCAGUUCCCUCUGGCACUCCUUGGCCAGGUGAAACAAAGAUUCCAAUUCCACAACCCCUUCCUGUAAGUCUCAAUUCCUCAGUGCAUAAGCUGUCAUCUAAUAUUUCCCAGGCCCCGCCAUCUACCUCAACUUCAUCUGUUCUUCCAUCAUCAUCAUCAAUCCCUGCUAGUUCAACCUUGACAUCUUCAUCCGCGAAGUUUACAUCUAGCAUCUUGUCUUUGCUGACACACGAGACUUCUCCAAGCUUUUCGGAAUUCUCGUCUAAUUUAACGACCAUCUCCUCUUUUUCGAAUAGCACUACGAGGUCGACCACCACGUCAUCCUCGAAGCUAUCCUCUUCAACUUCUUCAGAGACUUCGACCGAGGUCAACAUUGGUGGUGAUGGGCGUGCACCAACUGACCAAGCUGAAUCCCUACCCACCGCCCCACUCAAUGGUCCGAGCCGAGAUGCUGGGGAAGCAGGCAUUUCCAAACCGCAGAUAAUUGGAGCUGCUGUUGGUUCGGUUUCUGGCGUUGUUUUAAUCCUACUGAUCCUUUUGCUCGCAAUCCAUUUUCGAAAGCGAAAAUCUUCGCAGACACGUGCACUCUCAGAGGCCCCGCAGAGUUCAGCACCGGCCGUGUCUGGUGGUAACAACGAUAUGAGCCCGCGUUCAAGUUUCCUCGCCGCAAACUUCUUUGCUCCUGCACGCGCUCUCAGCCGUUGGAGGAACUCUGGGCAAGCAAUUCGUCAGGAAGAAAUCGCACCCGCUCAGCGUGGAUUCGAAAAGCUUGGAGGGAGAAAGCUUAAAUCUGUUUUGGAGACUGGUGGCGACGGCUAUGACAACGAAUUUGGUGCCAGCGAUAAAGCUUAUGAAUCCGGUAGUCUUGCAAAGGAGACUGCCGCUGGCCCUUCGAUUCCGCGUAUUCAACAGCCCGAGAAAGAAAUCGGCCAAUCUCGUGUCAUCCCAUCCCCCCCUCUCGGCCGCCCCGUGUCUCAGCAAAGCGAUACCUCCGAAGAAAUCUUGUUUCGUCCGUCACCAGCUCGAGCGAUCACUACUGAGAGUGCCCUCUCCGGAACAGGCUUGCACCCGGAUGCCAGGACCAGCGUCAUGCCCCAUUUAUCCAACCCUCCUCCUCCACGUUCUCCCGUGCGACCUCGCUCAGACGACGCGCUCGGGAGAAGCUACCCUCAUGCAGAUAGCAGCCGUGCCAGCCGGUUCACAGAAGGACUCAACUAA